UCAACGAUAAGCAUUAUAUAUUCAGCCUACCAAAUUGUUCCAAAUUUCUAGUUUCCAAGCUUGCUUCCAAUCUUCCAAAAAAAAAAUGGCGAUUCUCAGCAAUAAGAAACUCAUCAAGCUGACCAGGAAAUGGCAGAAAUUUGCAGCCAAGCUGAGGAAGAGAGUUUCUCUUCCAGGAAAUGAAAGUUAUACAGAUAGUUGUAGUUUAUCCUCAUCCUCUAUAGUUGAAAAAGGCCAUUUUGUAGUCUAUACAAUUGAUCAAAGGCGCUAUGCAUUUCCCUUGACUUACCUUGAAAAUGAGGUCGUUAGGCAACUUUUAAGCGAGUCCGAAGAAGAGUUUGGACUACCAAGUGGUUACCCUAUUACAUUAACCUGUGAUUCAACCAUCAUGGACUACACCAUUUUAGUAAUCAAGAAAGGUGUAGCUGAAGUAAUUCUUCACAAUGCAUUGCUCCUCACAAUACCUUCAUGUUGCUUCCCAACUUCUUCUUGCCACCAAGAAACUGGAAAUCAACAGAUUCUUGUUUAUUGAGUCAUGAAAUCAUGUUUAUAAAUGUUAGCUUGAAACAGAUUGUAUAACAAGCGAAAAAUAGGCAACUGAUAGCUUGUAUUAUUACAGAUUGGAAUAGAGCUUUGUCUUUAAAUUAAUAUUCUCCUCUUGGAGUAACACUAUUAUAUUAUUUGAAGAAAACAACUUCGUCCAUCAAAAUUUAAAGACAUAUGAAUC